AAAGAAAAGAAACUGUUCUUAUCCGAUAAUUUAAUUGACUUUAACGCGGUUAUCAAUCCGCCAAACUCUCUCUCUCUCUCUCUCUCUCUCUCAUGAAACUCUUUCCCAAUACCCAACCAACGAAUCUUCAUUCAGAUUUCAACGCACUCAACGUCGGUAACCGCCGUGCUCUUCGUUUCCCAUUCCGAUCUCCACCCAAAUAAGCUCGCUUUUUCUCCUCCCUUUCCUCAUCGAUGAGCUUGGGUUGCGUUACUUUUGAUAGGCGUUAGGGUUACGAAGAGCAUACGAAAAUGCCUUCGGUGCCCACAGUUGAAUUCGUAACCCGUAGCGUUACCCCUUCUCUGACCUCUUUCUAUGGUAAAUCAUGCUCUCAUCGCCUGAAACGUUUGGAAAAAGGCGACCGGCGUGGUAAUCUUAGUUAACGUUUGAUCUGUUAGCGUUUCGUUUUGAUUUGGGGGAUUUUGUUGUUUGGAUUUUGUUUUUUCUUGUCCGAUCUUCUUCGAGUAGUUUGGCCCAAUUAGUUAUCAACAAAUCGGAGAUCAAGGUCGUGAAAGCUUGGUACUGCGCUGUGGGUUUCGCCUGCCUAAGUUCCCUGACAGCUUGUGAUUUUCGCAAUGAACCCUGGUUCUCCAGAGGAUGUCCCAGCUUCUAAAGAUGUUAACAGGCCUGAUGCCUUGAAGAAGCUGUAUACAGAGCCAUCACAUUGUAAUCGUCAUUUCUUGGAAUAUAUAUCUAUUGAUGAGCUUGGAAACAGUCUGGCUGAAUUUCUACGUGUUCAAGAUGGUCAGUUAUUGCCGUCAAAGUCCAUUUUGUGUCAAUCUUCAGACAAAACUGAUAACCCCAAUGAGGAGAUGGAACAAGAAUUUGAAGAUCCUGGUCAAUCUGAAUCGGCGACUGUAACUUCGGAGAAAUGCUUAUUCAAGUUUGCAACAUUUCCGUCCUCUGGUAAGAAAUCCCCAGCUUCUGUGCCUAUCGAUGGGGAAGAUGACAUAGCUGCUGCUGUAUCGAUGCAAAGUGGCUGUGAAACUGUUAAGCCUGCAAACCCUCGAUCCAUAUCUUUGCCUACACAUUUUAAGCUUGUAUCAGCUCUGAAGGGUAGCCGCGAGAGACAGGGGAAAUCCCAAAAGAAGCUCACGGUCACCUGGGCUCCGGAUGUCUAUGAUCCUCCUCCAUCAGCACCAACUCUUUCGAGAAAUAGCAAAAGACGGCCUAAGAAUGAACGGAAGAAGUAUGAUAAAAAGAAUGGAAAGAACAAACAGAAAGGCAAACCUUCUAGAGUGGGUGGCAGCAAAGAUAAGAAGCAGGUUCGAAAGUACAGCGAGAGUUCUAAGAGUUUUUCCCAGUGGCCAAAUAACGAUAACACAGAGUUUGAAUUCAAUGAACCCUGUGAGAAAUUGGAGCAUUUUGGUGUUGGUAACUCAGACGCAUAUUGCGGGAGUAGUUUCCUUAAGAACUCUAUCACAAAGUUGCACUUCUCCAUGGCAGAGGCUACGUAAUCUGUCUUUGGUCACUACUCACUGGUUUAACUUUCUUGUCCUUGGCAGUGUGCAUAAAUAAGUUUAGGCUCCGGUGUUGUGCUUCAGGGCCUUCUUUAUCACACAUUUGUGUGGGAGCCACAUUCUUGGCGGUGAAAAAGGCCCGGUGCUCUAGGAGCUAAGAAUCAUUUUCUGUUGUGCUGAUGGUAUUUGUAGUACUUUGGAAGUUCUGACAAUUUUCUUUUGAAGUGUGUUUGUUUUAAAUCAGCGAUGGUGCACCCUGUGAACUAUAUAAGUUGUCUCUAAUGAGUGCCCUGCGACAUACUCCUUGUCGUUUGGGGUAAUCGAAA